GUGAUAAUUAAUCCAUGUCUGACAUACACUGUAUCUAUUGAAUCUUUUAACUAGCUUAACGUCACGUAGUGCAUGAGACUAUUAGAACUUUUUCCUUAUAUUUCAGGUGAUUUUGCUAUUCUGCUGAACUCUGGCAUGACAUACAAACAGGCAAUGCUUGCGAACUUUUGUUCUGCAUGCAUGUGUUAUCUCGGCCUGAUAGCUGGUUUGAUUUUGGGAUUCGAGACCUCCGCUGUGCAUUACAUAUAUGGUAUCGCUGGGGGAAUGUUUCUUUACAUCUCAUUGGUUGAUAUGGUAAGCUUAAAACAAAUUUUCCAAACUAUAUUUGCCGACAGUGCAUGGAAAUUGGAAAGUGUUUUUACCAGAAACCAAAACUCUCCAACUUUGGCAUUCGAAGAAACUUAUCUUGUUAUAUCUCAGUUAGACUUCUUAACUUUUAGAAAUUUGUGCCUGUAAAGGCAUUAGAUUUUCCAUAACGUCACUCAGUCACGCAAUUAUGUCAAACAAAGAGUACUAUUGGCUGGAAACAAAGUAACGAUGUAAUAGGUCCAUACAGGGGCGUAGGAAUCGGGGGGCACGAGGGGCAACAUUUCCGGGGAACAUUUUUAGGUGCCCUUUUCAAUACCCUAUAAAGUGCCCCUAGAAGUCGGUGCUCCCAAUCUUUUGAUGCUCCCUACGCCCCUGGGUCCAUAUAUCCAAUAUAUCAGUUUAAAAGGAGACAGUUCACAAUUUUGUCGGAGAUAUCUUUUACAGUAACUACAAUCCUGGUCAAAAACCUUGCCUCGUCGUGAAGCAUUAAAAAUAACUUAAAAAUAAAUUAACUUUUUUGAAUUUAAAAAUUACUAUAAUUCUCCCCUGCCCGCUAUUUCAAUGUUGACUUUCGUCCCGCUACUUUUGCUAAUGCAUAGACAAAAUUGUAUGCAUGAGGAUGUGUAGGAGCGAGAAAUCAAUCCAUUCACCGGUAAGGUUAUGUGUUAAUAUUAAAACUUACAUUGCUAAUGAGUAUGUAAAUUAAAUAAUACUGCUAUGUAUAUACUAGCUGUAAAUUUAGCAACUGAAAAUGAAAAUAGAUAAACGAAAUAAAGUAUAUAAAUGAAAAUAAUACUUGUAUAGAUUGUAGAUUUAGCAACUCUUAAUUCCUUUUGACCAGGAUUCAGUUACCUUACCAAAGACUAUGCAGCGAUUAAACUCCACACGCCGUAUACGACUCUUGCCGCGCAUUCGCAGAGCUGAGCCUAAACUGUUCGGCUAUCAAUUUAAAGAAUCUAAGAGCAGGCUACCUUAUGUCGCAGGACUCGCGUCAGUUUAUUUUGAAGGAAUGAGUAAGAUUAUUAAUGCAUGGUUUUUACAUACGUUAUUGAUCCCAUUACUUUUUAGCUUCCCGAAAGUAUUCAAAUGGUCCAGGGACUGGCUGGAAAAUCGAAAAUGAAGGCCUUCAAAUUGCUAUUGAUUCAAAAUUUUUUCAUUUUAUUGGGAAUUGGUGCAAUGCUCCUGCUUUCAUUCUAUGCCCACAAAAUCAAGCAUGCGGAUUGGUGAAAGAAACGAUCGUUCAUUCUUGGUGAUAUAUAAUCCUCACGUUCAAGACGUGCAAACACAUGUUGUCAUAUUCAAUUACAAAUAUAGAAUUGCAAUAAUAUACUGGGACGCACGUGGCAGUCGUAGUGGAAAUAGCCACACAGCACUUUUAUAUGCAUGUACAGGGUGUAUAAAAAAAACGCAACCUCGGAAUUUCCUAAUAAAUCCACUUUGCAAUUGUUAAGCAUAAACGAUUUUAGGCCCCUGGGAAUUGAAAUCGAAUUGCUAAUAGAUCAUAUUACUGUUGUUGUACUGUUAAAUAAAUGCAUAAAUUUUGCUUUAUGCACUCGCGUGUGUAGUAAUUUUGACAGUUGUGCUAUUUUAAAUUCCCAAGCACCUUAAAUCUUUUGUCCUUAAAACAAUGUCGAUUUCUUGGGAAAUUCCGAGGUUGAGGGUUUUUUUAUACACCCUGUAGUUUUAUUAGCUGUUGAAUAUAAUAAACGCUAAAGGGACUUUCAAGUAUUUAACCUACAUAAUACAAAAUGGUUCACUAAAAUAUCUACCGCUUAAUUCAACACUUUUGUAAAAUAUACUUCAAAUACAAAAGAG